AUGGCGAAAUCAAUUCGAGAUGGAAAGUCGAUCAACUUCAAUGUGAUUGCUCCAAGAUUGAACGCUCCAACUCAAACUGAAGCUGUUGCAAGAGAAACAAAGAUGGCCCAAAACAAGAUUCUCUAUUCUGCAAAGCUCGACGAGAACAUGCGAAGAUCAGCCUACUUCGAGACAAACAAGAGAACCGUCAAAAGCGAAUCAAAAGUUCUUUGCUAUGAAGCAAGGAACAACAGAAAAUUUGAUGCAUUUCAAUUCUUGAGACAGGCUGAAGUCCUGCAAGAUCUAUAUGGCGUGGCCUGGUUCCAAAAUUUGGCAGUCAAGACGAAAGCGAUUGCUGCUAUUGCUAGCACCAAUACUGCUGCUCAAAACAAAUUCAAGGAUGAUAUCUUUGAAGCCGUUCUGCAACUGCGAUUGAACGAGAACAGCUCCUCUGAUGCUGGAUCUUCAGACGAACUAUUGCAGAGAAUUGGAUUAUUAUCUAAAGACGGUCAGCAAAGCACAAGAUAUGUAAAGGUAAAGGUAAAGGUAAAGGUAAAGGUAAAGGAAAAGGAAAAGCAAAAGGAAAAGGAAAAGGAAAAGGAAAAGGAAAAGGAAAAGGAAAAGGAAAGAGGAAAGAGGAAAGAGGAAAGAGGAAAGAGGAAACCGAAGGAUGGAAAGAAGGCAGCAUGUUAUGUGUGUGGCAACGAAGACUAUAUGUCUCCAAAAUGCCCAGACAGACUGUUACCAAAGAUGGAUUGGAAGAAUCAGGAUCAAUAUGUCAAGUAUAGGAAGAAGCUCAAUCUUAAUCAGACUGCAGCAACUGUCCCAGCUACUGUUCCAGCUGUAGUUCCUGGAGCUUCAGCAUCACAAGUGGAGCAUCAAGUGUUGCGGGAAGCCCGACAAGGCUUCAGUGGUGCUCAAUUGCGCCAAGGGUUUGAUGCAACUCAAGCUCAAACUCCACAGGUCCUGAAGACUGGCUAUUACAAUACGUCAAAUGUCUUGAACAAUGCUAUCAAGGGAAAGGAUGAGAAUGACAAUAAUGUCUAUCUUAUUCCAUGUCCUGCUGGUACGACAAAUGUCAAACUUCAAACCGACUGGCACUAUGCUAGUGAAGAUGAAGAUGUGCCUGAUCUUGCUACUGAAGCAGAUCGAGGUCUGCAGUUUAUUCAAAGCCGCAGAAAGCAAAGAGAUCCAUUUGGGCUGUACAGUCAUGUCAUCAUGGACAGUGGUUGCACAAACACCACCAUCAUGGACUCUGUCAUGCUGAGAAGGAACUUGACAUGCACACUAACGUGGGCAGCAGAGUUCUUGGAAUUGCCUUGCUAUGCGCGAGAUGAUUGCUGCGGGAUACCGCAAUACUAUGGAUACUGA